AUGUGCCACUUCACCAGCCUGCGGUGCGGAAAGCGCUACAACGUGACCGUCAGCGCCCUGGCCGGCCACUGCAACAGCAGCCAGGCCGUCGGCAACAGCAUCCAUACGGCCCCCUGCCCCCCGCAGAAUGUGAGCGCUUCCCUGAUGUGCGCCAACAACACGGCUGUUGUGACCUGGGCCCCGACUGCUGGCGCGGUGGCCUACAACGUGACUGCCCUGGGGAGAGAUGGAGACAUCAAGUCUUGCCGAACCACAAACACCAGCUGUAAACUACCCAUGAUGCACUGCGGUCAGGAGUACACCAUAACUGUCACUCCUUACUCCAAGACCUGCAGUGGCUUUCGUAGUGAAAGCAUCAUCUACACAGCAGGCCCUUGUCCUCCGAACAACGUGGCGGUGGCUCUACAGUGCAAAGGAAACGUGGGGACCGUGUCCUGGCAGGCUGUGAUUGGUGCAGAGCUGUAUGUGGCCACUGCCCGAGCCGCCGACGAGCACGAGCACACCUGCAAUUCCAGCUCUACCAGCUGCUCCUUCACUGACCUGCACUGUGGGGAGACCUACUCCAUCACCGUGGUUACCUUCAUGAGGGGCUGCUACAGUGACCCCAGUCCUGGGAAAAAUCUCAAAACAGCCAUCUGCCCUCCCAUUAACCUGGCUGGACAUAUGUCCUGUGGGACCAACAUCCUGAUAAUAAUGUGGGACCCCAGCCCCGUGGUAGGCGUGACGUACUUCCUGGUCUCAAAGAAGAGGGGAGGAGCUAACACAACCCACGCCACCACAGACACCUCCUACUCCAUCACGAGCAUGCAAUGCGGAGAGCACUACUCCUUCAGGGUCAUCACCCAGGACUCUACCUGCAACAGCAGUCUGAGUCUGCCUUUGGAGCAGGACACAGCACCUUGCUCACCCUCCAAUCUGGCAACCACGGUUGACUGUGGAACCAGCACUGGCACCAUUUCUUGGGUUCCUGGUUCGGGCGGAGGGACCUACCUGGCGGAGGCCGUGGGGGCCCACGGUCAUAGGGCCGCCUGCUCCUCCAACCGUGCAUCCUGUUCGGUCAAGCUGGACUGUGGCCGCCAUUACACAGCCACUGUCAUCUCCUCCAAUGGCAAUUGCAACAGCUCCUUGGACACCACCAUUGAGUUUGACUCAGCCCCCUGCCUGCCGGGCAAUGUGUUCGCCCAGCUGAACUGCAGCAGGAACGAGUUUGCAGUCCAGUGGCAGGGGAGCCUGGGCACGGAGACCUACACGGCGUUGGCCAUCGGCAGCGACGGCUACCGGGCCUCCUGCAACACCUCGGGCACGGCCUGCACCAUCAAGAGCCUGCGCUGCGGCCAGACCUACAGCAUCGCCGUCCUCACCUCUUCCGUCCAGUGCGGCCAGAUACGGGGCUCCAACUACAUGGUCCCGUCAGCUCCCUGCACGGCCGCCAACCCCGCCGUGAACGUGGACUGCGGGACCAACGGCGCCACCGUGUCCUGGGACGGCAGGACCACGCAGCAGAUGAACCUUGUGACCGCGGUGGACCAGCUGGGGCAGCGAGCCACCUGCAACACUACCAACAGCAGCUGCACCUUCGACCGUCUGAGCUGCGGGGAGGCCUACAACUUCAGCAUCGUGGGCGUGACCAACCAGUGCAGGACACCCACCGCCUCCACCAUGGGGCUCACUGCUCCCUGUGUCCCCUCCCACGUGGUGGCCAGGCUGGAUUGUGACACGGGCAUUGCCAUGGUGAUGUGGGACUCGGCGCGGGGCGCCACUUCCUACUCGGUGGAGGCGAUGGGCAGCCUGGGCCACAACAGCUCCUGCUUAACCACCGACACGCUGUGCUCCAUGGAUCAGCUGAGGUGCGGCCAGAACUACAACGUCACCGUCGCGGCCCUCCACGACGGCUGCCGGGGCCCGGCCAGCGAGACCGUCGUCGUCACCACGGGUCCGUGCCCGCACAGCAGGCUGGAGGCCUCCCGAGACUGCGCCUCCAACGCGGUGACGGUCUCCUGGAGCCCGGGGCGCGGCACGCUGCUGUACAACGCCUCGGUGGAGUCCUUAGCCUCCAGCCACUCUCUCAGCUGCUCCACCAACGGCUCCGCCUGCAACGUCAGCUCCCUGCAGUGCGGCGAGCGCUACCGGGUCAGCGUGGAGGGGCGGGGCCUCACCUGCGACAGCCGGCCCGGGUGA